AAAGCCUUAAACGGUAAAGUCGAUAAAGAUGAGCUCAGUCCAAGAGUUUUAUAAAGAUAAAACAAUCUUUAUUACGGGCGGAAGUGGAUUUAUGGGAAAAGUUUUAUUAGAAAAAUUAUUAUAUUCAUGCUCGGAAGUGAAGGAAAUAAUUGUUUUGAUGCGAGAAAAGCAUGGAAAAACUGCAAAAAUGCGUGUUGACGAUUACAAGAAGAUUCGGGUUUUUGAGAGAAUAAUGAAUGAGAAGCCAGAGAUGAUGAAUAAAAUACAUCCAGUGUGGGGAGAUAUUUCUGAAUUGAAUUUCGGAUUGAGUGAUGAAGAUAUGAAUUAUGUUCUUGAUAACACACAAAUUGUCUUUCACUUAGCUGCAUCUCUGAAGCUAGAAGCUCCACUAAAGACAAAUAUAAUAAUGAACUUGACAUCAGUAAAGACAAUGUGUGAUUUGGCCAAGAAGAUGAAAAAUCUUCUCGCAAUGAUUCAUACAUCGACUGCAUUUUGCAUUGUUGAGCAUGUAAAUGUUGAUGAAAAAGUUUAUGAAGUUGAUAUUGAUCCUCUUGACGCCAUUGAGAAAGCAAAAGUUAUGUCAGAAAAAGAAUUGUCAGCUGUCCAAAAGAAAAUGUUAGGAAAGCAUCUUAAUACUUAUACGUACACGAAAAGACUUUCAGAAGUUCUGAUUCGCGAUGAAUACAAUAAGAACAAUCUACCAGUAUGUUUCGUCCGACCUAGUAUGGUAUCUUCAGCUCUGAAUGAGCCAAUUUAUGGAUGGGUUGAUAGCUUAAAUGGAGCUCCAGGAUUUAUUGUUGCGAUUGCAAGAGGUGUCCUUAGAACUAUGCUUAUGGAUGUAAACACUACCAAAAACUAUAUUCCAGUGGAUACAUGCAUGAAUGGAUACAUCAUGAUAGCUAAACAUUUAGCUAGUCUCAAAGAAAGACCAAAAGAAGUUCCAGUCUACAAUCUCACAGCACAUGAAUCGAAUACAAUAUCUAUGAAAGAAUAUUUUAAAAUUUGUGUAGAUUUAAAGUUUGUGUAUCCAUUCUCGGUUGGAUUGUGGUAUCCAAAUGUAUCCAUAACAACAAACGAAUUUUAUUACUACUUCAAUAUUUUCCUGUUUCAAUGGAUACCAGCACUGUUCGUUGAUUUUCUGUUGAUGCUGUUUGGACAAAGGCGAUUCAUGAUUAAAAUCCAGAAAAAGCUUCUUAAUGGCAUGGAUGUUGUGAGAUGUUUUCUUCUGUAUGAUUUUAAGUUUAAAACAGAGAAUUUUGACAGCUUAAUGAAAAUACAAUCACAGGAUGACUACAACAGAUUCUUCAUUGACACAAAGAAAAUAGAUACGACAAGACUAUUCCAAGGCACAAUUAUAGGCGGCAGAGAAUUUUUGGGAAAGGAUCCAAAAUCAACUAUACCACGAGCUAGAAUCUUUAUCAAAAUUCAAUACAUCCUUCAUUUGAUCGCUCUGUCCUUUAUCUAUUAUUGGCUGUUUAAGAAAUUUUUGGUGCUUACUGGAUUAAGUGAACCUGUCUCAAACUUUGCAUUGGAUGCUGGAAGUUUUGUAAAAGAUGUUCUGAAAAUUUAAAUCAUGGGCAGUUUUAAUGGAUCAGGAUUCUGAUUAGAGAUCCUUGCAUCUCUGAUUAGCGUUUAAAACUUAACUAAUUAAUCAUUUCCAAUCGACACAACAUAUUCAAUUACACAAGACAUUAUCAUUUCAACAACAUGCUUUACGAGCACAUGCUGCAUAAUAAGUAGAACAUAAAGUUCUUAAUCAUUUUUGCAACAAUGUAAUUUGCUCAUUAAAAAUUAUUAAAAUAUAAUUAACUUAAUAAAGAUUGUAAAUUAUUUAUUUAAAUCAGCUCC